CAAACUUAUUUGCACAAUCAUUAUUCCUAUUCAGAUAGUAGAUUCAUUUACAGUCAAGAGCUGAUUGAAUGAUCUAUGAACGGGAAAUUUUGCUUUUGCGUCUCGAUUUUUAUACCAUCACAUUUUAAUGGUUUUGACGUCAUUACAUAUUUCGCACUCAGAGGGGGCGUGGUGGACCAAACAUCCGCAUUCCCUGGAAUUCGUCAGAAGAGUUCGUUUUGAUCAAGAAACACGGAGUGUUUGAAGAGGUACAUGUAUUGACUUGGAUACAACAAGAGUACACGGAUAAACAUACUACAGUAAACUUCUCAACGGCAUUUUCAAACUCAAAGAGGCAGCUUGCUAAUAAACUUAUAUACCAUUGUUACUGAGGGGAAACUGCGCACGCGCUAUACUAUACGCUGAUUCUGGCAUCAAUUUCGUGACGGGCGGACCUGAAGUCUCAUUGUUUAUACUGUGAGUAGACAAAACAUUGAUAAUUUGUCUUAUUUGAGUAUGUGGCGAAGACAUCCGGCCAGUGGUGGUCAAGGAACUCCAAAAUUCGAUUUCUUCAUUUGAUAUUUUCGACAUUCAGUAAGGAUGGAGAAGGAGAAAUCAUUAGCUGAGGCUACUUUACACCUCGCAUCCAGCACCAGCUUACAUGGACCAUCUCAUGUCAUCGCCAAGAAAAGUUUGUACGGGAAGUUACUGUGGAUGGCGGUUAUGCUCACCGCAUUUGGUAUGUUGAUCUGGCAGUUUACGACGAUGAUAAAUAAGUUCUACACCUAUCCAGUUUCCACCUCGACUGCAAUGGAGAACAACCCGCACCUCUACUUCCCGGCCGUAACUUUCUGUAAUGUGAACCCAGUAAGGAGAUCAAUGAUGGAUCGUCUGUCAGAAGGCAUGCAGGGCAUCAUGCAAACGUCGAACAAACGUCCACCUGAUAUUAAUGGCGCCGAUUUCAAUGCGCCAAAAGCCGACAUGCAAACGCAGAGUGAUUUCUAUCAACUUUACAGCCUAAUACCACCAUCCGAAAAAAAGGAGGUUGGACAUCAGCUGGACUACAUGCUCGUCGAUUGCAUGUGGAAUGGACGACAGUGCAGUGGAGAAAACUUCACCUGGUUUACCAACUGGAAAUAUGGUAACUGUUUCACUUUCAACCAGGGCGUUAGUCGUUCCACGCAAAUUUCAAGGAACAGCGGGCCACUUUACGGUCUGCACCUCCAGCUGUAUAUCCAAGAGUCCGAAUACGUGAGUGAUAUUACGCCAUCCCAAGGCAUCAAGGUGGUGAUUCACAACCAGACAGACAUGCCUUUCCCCGAGGACAGUGGCUUUUUCAUUCCUCCUGGUCAGGAAACAGCCGUAGGAUUAAAAUUGACGACAAUAGCAAGGGAGGACCCUCCUCACGGAAAGUGCGAAAACGUCUCCAGUAGGGUCCUGCGAAGAAAAAACGCCUACAUGAACCAUGCUAAAAAUCUUGGUUACACUCACAAGACGUGUCAACAGACCUGCAUUCAGCAAAGAAUCAUCGAGGCCUGUAACUGCUCAAGCUACAUGCACCCGAAUGUUGGGCCGCCUUUCGAAACCCUGAAGGCGAGUGGAUACAGCCUUGAAAUUUGCAAUGAAACUGGCACAGCGUAUGAUCAAUAUUGUACGGAGCAGGCAACCAACAAUAAUGCGAAAUCGUGUCAACAUUACAAUCCUGGACCAUGCCCAGUCCAGUGCUUAGAGAAUCUGUACAAGACAACAAUUUCAUCGAUGCAGUGGCCAAGUGAGGAUAACCUAAUUCAAAUUAUUGAUAAUCUGCUUGGAAUGGCUGUAGAGAUCAACGACACCGGCAUGAUCAAAAAUAUCUUAAAAUACAAGAAUCCAAAGUCACCAGGGGGCGAAGGGACACCGGAAAAUCAGAUGGCUUUUAUAAGAAGAAAUGUGAUAGUCUUGAAUAUCUACUACGAGGAUUUCUACGUGCAGACAUUUGUUACGUCGGCUAGUUAUGGGAUUGGAGACCUGCUGUCGAGUCUUGGUGGAACCUUCGGUCUCUGGAUGGGUCUCUCCAUCAUCACCGUCUUUGAGUUCGUAGAAUUCUUCAUCGACCUGAUCCGACUGGCGAUCGUGGACAGAAUCUUGAAGAAUAAAAAGCGAUCGUCAGACAUGCCUUCAAAAUCUGAUGGACAGAAUGACGUCAGCCAUAUAUCGCCUCCUAAUCUAUAUCAUCGUGAUGAUAUUGAGCUUACGAAGAAGAACUACAUCACUCCGAUUUCGGGGGAUUAGACAGUGACAAAAGUAACGCCACUCACCCGAUAUUGCUAGGCCAGAAAACGGGGUGAACACAGACAUUGACUGUUUGCAGUAAAACGCCCUGACUUGACAUUAUACACACCAUUAUACGGGUAUAAGUGAAAACCAAAAAAAGUGCCAUAUAAUACGCAUCCGCAUUCAGAAGAAUUCUCGUCGUAUGGCUGGCGCGAGUGUACAAAAAUCAGAAUCAUGCCACAGGUGGCAUAAUUAGACCAAUCAGAAAUUGGCAAUCUUUUUUUGAUGUGGCAUAAAUCGCACUUCCGUCCUCCAUAAAUGACACUUCCGUCCACAAUGUCUAUUUAUGCCGUGGCAUAAUUCACGAGAUCCGAGGUUUCGAUUGGUUGCUAUAUGGUGCACCACAAUUCCGAUUUAUGCCGUGGCAUAAUUCUGAAUUCUGUUCACUCGCGCCAGCCAUAGACGCGUGUGAUCCGGUGGAUCCGAAGGCUAAACAAUGUCAAAAACAUUGAAGACCAAGAUGCGUCUCGGUAGAUGUUGUUUGAACCAACACGUUUCUUAUUGCCAACGACAAGACAGUGGUAGAUUUUUCUUGUGGUUUCGGAAUGUUUGAGAUGCACGCUAGACAGUCAGUUCCCUUCCCAACGGACAUAUCAGGGCUUUUGUCACUGUCUCCAGCUGCCAAUGCGCCUCUACGACUUUCGGUUAUGGGUCUUAGUAGAAGAAUAGUAGUAGUAGUAGUAGUACAGCUGUGGUUGUACAUUAUAGCGCACUUGUAGAGUAGUCUUAAUUUACAUGUCAACUAUUGCAUUUACCUCUCGCUAGGGUAAAGUUGUUAGUCUCGAAUAUCCUUGAGAAUGCAAGCCAUCGCUUCAUCCUUCGCAUGAGAAUCUGACAACACAUCAAAUGCAUGCCGACUUAUCGACGGUGAAUAUCUGUCCUAAAGUCUCCUCCUUUCAAAGGAUUGAUAUACGCACAACGACGGUGGAUCGGCAUGAUCAAAUGGUUUGUCUGAUCGUAUUGUUCUUCCAAACAGCCUGAUUUGAAGUUCACGUAUAUGUGUCACGCCACCUCUUAUCAUCUCAUUGCUUCCCAAAAAACAUAAUUCGAAUUCGUAGGUAAACUAUCCUUAGCUUGCUAUUUUAUUCUUUUUAUAUCUCUUAUAUUAAUUAGACCUCAGCACUCAAUGUGAAGUGGCCACAAAUAUACUAAACUUCUGCUGAAAUAAAACGUAUUCAAAUGCAUUUACUAGAA